AUGUCCUCUGCCAGCGAGACUGGCACGUCGUCUACUCCGCCACGUGCUAAUGCACCAGUUUAUGAUUAUAGUAAAAUUGAAUCCAUUCAACGCGAUAUCGAGCAGGCUAAGGAAUGCAAGGCAGAUGCCAUGCUGCAAGCCCUCCUUCAGCGCGCUUCUUCCGCUCCCGAGACUAAACAGCCCGAGCUCCUGCAAAAGUGUCUCAAGGCAGUUCUGCCGGUUUGCAAUGGACAGGCCUCCACUGCUCUUGUAAAGUCGUCUGAUGUCGAGACAGCCCUCAAGGAAUAUAUACGUCCAGGAGUUGAACACAACUUUUACGGCCCUUUCAUAAGAGCCACUAAUGUCGCUCUCGCAUGUCUUGAAGAGAUCAAGGUUGAUGGGAUGCGUGCCCCUGUCUCCGCCGUGGACAUUAUCUGUCAGCAGAACGAUAUGCCCAUGCACCAAACCCACCAGACCGCGGAAUCAAUUCGGAAGCCCGACCUCGUCAUUCUUCCUUUGAACAGUGCAUGCGUUCCCUUCCAGGAUGAGAAGGGCGGCGAGAAGGGGAAAGAGGAGGACGAACAGGAGGACGACGACCAGCGCAAAAGGAAGCGCAAGGCUCACAUGGACACGAAUGCAACGGAAAAGCCAAAGAAUCUCCCCUGGAAAGAUGUUCUAGCUUGCAUCGAGUUCAAGAGAAAGACGCCAGGGAGGACGAAAGGGAUCGACUCACCGCCCUGUUCGUACACAGUGAAAGACUAUGUCCCCACCAAGCCAGAAUAUCUGCCAGUGGAUCACCUUGAGGCUGAGAACCAGGCGUCAGGCUCUUCGCAGACUUCAGCAAGACAAUCCGUGUCUGACGCUGCAUUUCUAUCUUCCAGUCUUACUUCUGCACAGCCUUCCCGGGACGGGUCCAAGCGCAAGGCCACGAAUACUUUGCAAUCCGCCGCGAAAAAAAUCAAGAUGGAUCCCGACGACACGGACACUGAUGUGGAUGCCGAUUUAGAUGUAACCAUCCAGACGGGUCUGUACGUCGCUGAAAUGUUUGCGGACAAUCUGGGAGUCACUUAUGUGCUGAAUAUUAUUAUUGUCGACGAUGUAAUGUGGAUCUGGUAUUAUGAUCGGCAAGGGAUUAUUCAAUGCUCAGGCAUCAACUUCAUUCAAGAUCUCCCGCGAUUCAUGGUGCUGUUGUAUGCUUUACAACGCUUCAAGCUUCACGAUUGGGGGAAUAAGGUCUUCCUCCCAGUUCAAGUUGAGGGGAAACGAUGCCACAAAAUCAAAAUCAAAGAUGAAAAGCUUGGAGAGGUGGAUCUGCUGCUUCACACUAGUCACAACAAAAGAGUGGCACGCUAUGGACUGCAAGGACGGGCCACUAAUGUGGUCCCUGUCGCCAGUGAAGCGCUCACGAAAAAAUACGAUAACCUCCAGGAUGGGAUGGUGGCCAAAAUCUUUUGGGGAGAGGCGAGUCGCACGAGCGAACCGGAAAUCUUGGACAAGGUUAAUGAGAUCGCGAAGGUUCACAGUUCUGUAAAAGGCCAUAUCCCUGAGUUGCUGUGGCACUACAAGUUUACGGAUUCUACGUCCGCCAUCCGAGAAGCGCUCGGCGUCCCAGACCCACCACGGGCAGUCGCGUCCUCUACAUUCUCGUAUUCCGCAAGCUCAAGCCAAUCACGGAGCUCCACGGCAGAGAGCUUUUCGACGUGUGUUAUCAAUGCAUACUAUGAAGGGGUCUAUCAUCGAGAUGUCAGCCCUGGAAACCUGAUGUGGUACUGGCAAGACGGGAAGCGGAUAGGUGUUUUAAACGACUACGAUCUAUCCUCAUUGGCGGAUGACACAGGUUCUCGAGGGAAUGAAUGCAUAGGAACGAUGCCGUUCAUGGCGAUCGAUCUUCUCAGAGUACCGGGUCAACGAGGCGAAGUCAAACAUCUAUAUCGCCAUGAUCUGGAGUCCUUUAUGUGGUGCUUUGCCUGGAUCUCCUUGAAAGGAGUCCGUCUAUCUCAGGGAUUGCUCCCUGUCGAUGAAUGGGCGACUUUAGAUGCCAGGACAUGUGCCGUCGAGAAGUCGUUUUUCCAGGGACAUAUAGAAGUCCCCGCACACUUGCGCAAAGAUAAACUUAUGUGGAAAUUCCUUGUGGAUUGUUUCCACGUGCUUAACACGCACGCCUUUAAUCGAGUUACACAACUAUACCAAUCAAUGAGAAAGGGAGACAAACCGACCAACUCCGAGGAAUCAGAAUCAGACAUUGAUGGUUUUCUACUGUCAUUCCAGAACACUGAGAGCUGGACUGCGCUCAGAAAAUCUUUGCAGUAAUUUUCACUUGUUACACUACCUGGGUUCCGAUACUUGCGUCAAUUGCUCCUGUGUACUUUGUCUUCGGUAGGUAAACCGAUCGAUUAAAUGGAUGAUAGUGAUUCGUCGUUGCACAGAAUGAACA